AUGUUCUCGCCCGCCAUUCGAGCCACGUCGCUGCGCUCGGCGCAGAACCUGUCUGCCCGCAACUCGGUCGGCGUUGCCGCCGCCAGCGGCAGCGGAAGCAGCAGCUCUCUGCUGCGCAACAGCAUCGUCAACUCGCACACCGCGUCUCCGAUCCAGACGAGAUCAAUCUUUGGGUCAAGGAGUCGGAGGAACGACAAGCUCGUCGUCCCAGAGACGCCCAAGACCGUCGUCGUCGAGACGCCCCAGGCCUACGGCAACGGCAACGGAAACGGCAAGAAGCGCGGCUUCUUUGGCAAGCUGAAGACGACAUUCUAUGUCGUUUCCCUGGCCGGUGUCGCCUCCUACGCAUACUUCGUCUGGGCUGGCCGCAACCCGCCCCAGCAGGAGCCGCAGGACCCCUCGAAGAAGACGAUCGUUGUCCUCGGCAGCGGCUGGGCCGCCACGUCGCUGCUCAAGAGCAUCGACACGUCCGAGUACAACGUCGUCGUCAUCUCGCCCCACAACUACUUCCUCUUCACGCCGCUGCUGCCCUCGGUCACCGUCGGCACGCUCGACGGCCGCAGCAUCGUCCAGCCGACGCGGCACACGACGCGGUUCAAGGCGCGCGAGGUCAAGGUGUACGAGGCCGAGGCCGAGUACGUCGACCCCGUCAACAAGACGGUGACGUUCAGCGACAAGAGCGAGAUCCAGGGCGCUAGCCGCAAGGUGACGAUCCCCUACGACUACCUCGUCUACACGGUCGGCACCGAGAACCAGACGUUUGGCAUUGAGGGCGUCAAGAAGCACGCGUGCUUCCUCAAGGAGCUCAACGACGCCGAAAAGAUCCGCGCGCGGCUGAUUGACUGCGUCGAGACGGCGGCGCUCAAGGACCAGCCCGAGGAGGAGAUCGACCGGCUGCUGCACAUGGUCGUCGUCGGCGGCGGCCCGACGGGCAUCGAGUACGCGGCCGAGCUGCGCGACUUUGUCGAGUCGGACCUGAUCCGCUGGUACCCCGAGGUGGCCGACAAGCUGCGCGUCACGCUCAUCGAGGCGCUGCCCAACAUCCUGCCCAUGUUCUCGCAGACGCUGAUCAAGUACACCGAGUCCACCUUCAAGGAGAACUCGAUCGACAUCCUGACCAAGCACAUGGUCAAGGACGUCGACGACACCCACGUGCUCGUCAAGACGCCGUCGGGCGAGGACAAGAAGAUCCCCUACGGCCUGCUGGUGUGGGCGGCCGGCAACACGGCGCGGCCGCUGACGCGCCAGCUGAUGGCGGCGCUGCCCGAGGCGCAGAAGAACCGUCGCGGCCUCGAGGUCGACGACCACAUGCGCCUCAAGGGCGCCGAAAACUCGAUCUUUGCGCUGGGCGACGCGACGGCGACCCAGUUUGCGCCGACGGCGCAGGCGGCGUCGCAGCAGGGCGCCUACCUCGGCCGCGUCUUUAACCAGCUGGCGCGCCUCGACGUGCUCGAGACCAAGCUCGAGGCGGCCAAGCGCGACGGCGCGUCGGAAUCCGAGAUCCGCGGCAUCGAGAGGCAGGUCGAAAAGGCGGCCAAGGUGCGGCCUUUCAAGUACUCGCACCAGGGCUCGCUCGCCUACAUUGGAUCCGAGAAGGCCAUCGCCGACAUCCCCUUGCUCGGCGAAAACUCGAUCGCGUCGGGCGGCGUGGUGACGUUCAUGUUCUGGAGGUCGGCCUACGUCUCGAUGCUCUUCUCGCUGCGCAACCGCUCGCUCGUCGCCACCGACUGGCUCAAGGUGUCGCUCUUCGGCCGCGACGUGUCGAGGGAGUAG